UAAACACAAAAAUAAUUGGGACUUUUAAAUAGCAGUAUCAAUAUCAAAUGUUAUGAGUGUAUUUAUUCUUUAAAAUUAUAUAUUUAGGUAGUGAAUUAAUUAGUUAAGUGUAUUACCAAUGGAGAAAAACAAAGAGGACCCUAAAAGGACAAGAUUUAAUUCGUUUAGUGCCAUCAACGAGAAGGAAGUGGAUGAUAUUUCGAUAGAAUUCUUUUAUAAGCCGCACACGAUUACUUUACUGCUGAUAUCCAUUGCUGCUGUGGUUUAUUUCGCUUUUGUCAGAGACACAGAAGACGUAGAAAAAAACAUUUGGUCAGGCCUACUAUGUUGCUGUUUUUGUUUCCUGAUAAUAUCCAUUUUGGCUUUUCCAAAUGGACCAUUCACUCGUCCACAUCCGGCCGUAUGGAGAAUAGUCUUCGGCAUGAGCGUUUUAUACCUUCUAGGAUGUCUUUUUCUGCUUUUCCAAAACACAGAAACUGUGCACAACAUUUUGUAUUGGAUAGAUCCAACACUUAAGAACUUCAAAAAUGACAUGGACAAAGAAUAUGGUGUAAACUGUUCGCAAAUAACUGCAGAAAAAAUUUGGAGCCAUGUAGACGUAUUUGCGUUGGGCCAUUUCGUUGGUUGGAUGUUCAAAGCCAUUCUAAUAAGACACAUGGGAAUUUUGUGGGGCACCAGCAUAAUGUGGGAAAUUACCGAACUAGCUUUUGCCCACUUGUUGCCCAAUUUUAUCGAAUGUUGGUGGGACGCCCUAAUAUUGGACGUUUUGAUUUGUAACGGGCUGGGCAUCUGGUGCGGAUUAAAAAUUUGCAGCGUUUUGGAAAUGCGAGAAUAUAAAUGGGAGAGUAUCAAGGAUAUUCAUUCGACAACAGGUAAAAUCAAACGCGCCUUUCUCCAAUUCACCCCUGAAAGUUGGACGUCAGUGCGAUGGCUGGACCCAAAGUGCUCCUACAUGAGAAUAUUUGCCUUUGCCGAACUGGUACUUUUUUGGCAAAUAUCUGAAUUGAAUACUUUCUUCUUGAAACAUGUUUUCGACAUGCCUACUUCGCAUUAUUUAGUUAGUGCCAGGCUAAUACUUGUUGGCGCUUUCGUGGCGCCUUCUGUAAGGCAAUUUUACAGUUAUGUUACAGAUACUACAUGUAAACGUGUAGGAACCCAGUGCUGGGUUUACGGUUGCAUCAUGGUAACUGAAUCUUUGAUUUGCAUCAAACAUGGGCAGGAAUUGUUCAGGCAAACUCAUGCAAUCAAUAUUGUAAUUUGGUUGGUUAUUCAGCUGAUAAUUUCGGUACUUUUUGUGGUCGGAUACGCUUGGUACCACAACAAUAAUUCGCAGAAAGUGACAAUGGUUGAUGGAACCAAAAGAAAAAUAAAUUAGGAAUAAAUAUUUUUUAUUUAGUUAUUUGAGUUCCUAAACUUGAUAUUCUCAUUUCUUUUGGCUGUGACCCUUAUUAUCAUACAAAGUUUUUGAUUUUUUUUUCUGUGUGUUUUAGGGCGGUUCACUUUCUACAUUCUAAAUUUUUUUCAGUGAGAAUAAUUGUCUUUGAUACCAAAGAAUUGUAUAUUAAUAAUGCACAAGUUUGCAAAAAUAGAGAAUAUAUUUAUAUAAACUGCAACAGAGUUGCUUUUGAUAAACCUCAUUAAAACUUAGGACAGAUACUUAUUAUUAUUUUAAGUAAAUUCAACAAUAAAAAGUGUCAGUUAAAGACCUUAGUUACCUCAAAAAAUUAGUGUUAAAUUACUUCAACAUAUAAGCAGUGUUAUAUUGAUAGUUUUUGGGACAAAUUUAGCAAACCAGAAUUGGGUUUUGUGUAAAUUUGUAAUAUGUUUUGUAUGGGCAAACUCUCUUAGUUUAUUUGGGUUUUAUUUGUGCCAUUUAAAUAUCUAUUACAUAUUUGUAAUUAUUUAUAGUUAGAUAUUUUAAAUAAAUUGUUUAUAAUA